AUGGGUGAUAACUCCAUUGUUGGUGCUGUUGCUGUUGCUUCUGCAAAUUUGUGUGUUUCUGACUAUAUUCCAAGUACUGGCUCCAAUACUUGGGGGCAUGUUGUUCUGUCUACUACCUAUUUGAUUAAUCGUACUCCUAGUCGGGUUCUUGAUUUCAAGACUCUGCAUGAUGUGUUUGGUGAACAUGUUUCCCCUGUCUCCGUCUCCAAGUUGCCCCUUAAAGUUUUUGGGUGUGUUGCCUAUGUUCAUGUCUACUCUCAUCAACGGAGUAAACUUGAUUCUUGUGCUCUACGGUGUGUAUUUAUUGGCUACACUUCUACUCAGAAGGAUUAUAAGUGUUAUCAUCCACUUACCCAGAAGGGGGAGAGGGGGAGUGAAUUGAAGAGUCUUGGAUUAGAGAAUCUUGGACUUGAAUUGGAGAAUGAUGUGUUUGAAGAUACUGCUCUCGGGAAGAAAACAACCAGUUGCACUGAAGCAAGCGACUGGUCGCCUAUAUUUGAAAAUGAAACAUGUGCACGUGUUCUUGAUGAAACGACCGAUCACACUGAUGUAAGCGACUGGUCGCCUGUAUCUGAAAGUAGUGACAGUGAUUCUUGUAUGGAUGAGCUCAAUGCAAUACCCCCAUUUGCCCUACCAGUACCCCAAUCUACUCACGAUAGUGAAUCAAAUGCUAUGAAUGUUGAAAUGAAAGCUUUGAACAAGAAUGAAACUUGGGAUUUAGUCCAUUUACUAAGAGGGAAUAAAGCUGUUGGGUGCAGAUGGGUGUUUAUUUUGAAGCAUAAAGCUAAUGGUUCUAUUGACCGUUACAAGACUAGAUUGGUAGCAAAAGGUUAUACUCAGACUUAUGGAGUGGAUUAUUUGGAGACCUUUGCUCCAAUAGCAAAGCUUAAUACUGUGAAUGUGCUCUUGUCCCUGGUUGCUAAUCGUGACUAG